ACUUCCGGGAAAAGCACAUAAAAUGCCUGAGUGUUGAAGACAGACAGUGAAACUUCUGGAGGAAACAGCUGGUGAGAGGUUGAGUCUUAGUUCUCCCAGGAGCAGAGUGCACCGGCCCAGAAGCUACAACACACAGGACAGGGCUGUGAGGACAGCAUUCUUGGCAUCAUGGGUCUACAGCUUGGCACCAAGAGCAUUGGGUGGGACUGCUUCCCAAAGGAUGUCAUUAUCCACAAAAGAGAGAAAGCUGAGCAUACAUAUGAAAAGGAAGAUGACCUGCUGAUCGGUGUGCCGAGUGAAGCCACAGUUCUUGGAACCAUCCAGCUACUAUGUGCCCUGAUGAUUGCAAGCUUGGGGGGCAUUUUGGUGUCAGCUUCCUACUCUUCCUACUUCAACCCAGAAGCCUCCACCACUUUGAUGUCUGGGUACCUGUUUAUUGGAUCCUUCAGUUUUGCCAUUGCUGGAAUUCUCUCCAUUGUCUCUGAGAAAAUCUCAACCAAACCCUUUGCACUGAGCAGCCUGGCCUCCAAUGUAGCAAGCUCUAUUGUUGCUGUGAUUGGCCUCGGCCUCUUCACCUAUUGCCUGAUAGCCCUGGGCACCACCUUUCCACACUGUAACUCAGAAAAGAAAAUCCUGUCCUUGUUGUCUUAUUUGAAAUCCCACCAUUGGAAGAAUGAAGACAAGAACUGUCACCUGGCUUAUGUCAGUGCUAUAAGUGCUUUGGGGAUGAUGCUCCUCUUCACUGUGCUGGAGGUCUUGCUAGCUGUAUACAGUUCUAUCUUUUGGUGGAAGCAAGUCUACUCCAACAAGCCUGGGGGUACAUUUUUCUUGCCUCAAUCACAAGAGCAUACUCAACUUGUCAAAAGCAAUUUGUUGCAGAAUGGAUAUGAAAUACAGAAGAAGAAAGAAGAGAUCUAGUGCAGAGCCCAGCUAGACCCUCCUGAAGCCUCAGCCUUGGUAGAUCCUAAUAAAAAGCUGAAGAAAAGC